UCAUGUUGAUAGUAGAUAUGUGUAUAUUUCCACGUUCCACGUUGUAGAUUUGACGAUGCGUUCCUGUCCUUCCACACUUCCACGUCGUCGCAAGUAAGAAUACAUGCUAGCCGGUUAUGCUACUCCGGAACGGUGUAGAUCAGUGUCGGUUUCGAAGUGCGCGUAUGGAAAGUGGGUUUUAAUCGAUAUUUGUAACAGAAAGUUAGCUUUAAAACGGCCCGUCGAGAUGAAGAAAUUUACUAUUGUCUUGUUACUUUUCGUUUCAACGAUUACUUUAAGCGUGAACAAAGUUCAUGCCGAAGAAGACGAGAGUAUAGACGAUAUAGUAGAUAUAGAAGGAGAAGAUAAUUCUGUGAUAACAGAUGAAGAACCAGAAGAUGAAACAACCACUGCCUCAUCCGAUGCUGACACAGUCAUACUAUUUACUAAACCUGCUUACAAUGGAUUAACGGCACUGGAAUUAUCAGCUGGAAAUUUAGUCGAAUUUCUUGUUGGUUUUACCAAUAAAGGGGAAUCCGAUUUCGUGCUUGAAUCCUUGGAUGCGUCUUUUCGCUAUGCAAUGGAUUUCAAUUUUUAUAUUCAAAAUUUUUCGACAAUUACGUACAACAAAAUCGUUAAACCAAAACAGGAAGCAACAUUAGCAUAUUCUUUCAUCCCAUCUGAAAAUCUUGCUGGGAGGCCAUUCGGAUUGAACAUCAAUCUGAAUUACAGAGAUACUAAUGGUGUUAGUUUCGGUCAAGCUGUUUAUAACGAGACAGUACAAAUAAUAGAAUUGGAUGAUGGCCUUGACGGAGAGACAAUUUUCCUAUAUGUAUUUUUGGUGGCAUGCGUGAUAUUAACGCUCGUUGGAGGGCAACAACUUCUCUCGUCCCUUGGUCGAAAAUCACGAUCUUCCAGCAUUCGUAAAGCACCUGUGGAGAUGGGUACAUCGAAUCCUAACAACGUCGAUUACGAUUGGUUGCCGAAGGAAACAUUGAACAGAAUUAAUAAAUCUCCAAGAACUCCCAGGCAGAGUCCUAGGCAGAGAAAGACUAAGAAAACAGCUGAUGACUAAGUUAAUCGAUGUGUGAAUGCGAAUGUGUAAAUAGUGAGGUAUUUCUAAUGAUCCUUUAGCAACAAAUUUUUACAUUUUGCAUCAGAGGUGUACCUAAUGCAAGAGAUCUCCCACUGUCAUGAUUGCAUAUUCAAAACAAACUGUAAUUUGGGUACAAUGUUAUGUAUGAAAUGUUUCCUUGAGAAAAGAAGGAAUAACAUGAUCUUGUAUAAAAAUUUGUCAUAUAGGUAUUUAAAAGAUUUCACACGUUGUAACUAUAAACCACAUAAUUCUAUAUGUAUGUAUGUAUGUAUUCCGGUGUAAUUGUCAUUUUUGUUAUUAAUCAACGUUUCCGAAAGAAUGUUACAACAAUAAAACAUAAUUUUUUAUAAACCA